AUGAAGCAUUCAUCUGGAGCUUUUCAUGAUAGUAAUAUUGUGGAUCGAAGCCCAUGCUAUGCACAGACAAGGAAACACAUCCUUUCUGAAAUUGAAACCUGGGCAAUGGAUGCCAGUAGUGAACCAGGUUACUGGAUGUUUGGCCUGGCUGGUACAGGGAAAAGCACCAUUGCAGUCUCUGUCUGUGAAAUUCUGAAAGGAAGGAAGGUGCUUGCAGCAACCUUCUUUUGUUCUCGCCAAAUACCCGAGUGCAACAAUUAUCGGCUUAUUAUCCCAACUCUUUCCUACCAACUUGUGCGGUUCUCCCGGACAUUUGCCAUGUCUGUGAAAGAAAUUUUGGCUCAAGAACCCGAUAUUGUUACCAAAAGGCCAGAGGUUCAAAUUGGAAAGCUUCUUAUUGAGCCAUGGAAAGCAGUCAUGAAAGCUGCACAAAUGGGAAGCUUCCAUCCUGUCCUUGUUCUAGAUGCUCUUGAUGAGUGUCAGGAUAUUGCAAAAGUAUUGCAACCACUUGUUUCAGCAAUCAGCAAAAAGGAGUUGCAGGGAUUGAAGUUCUUCAUAACAAGUCGGCCUGAGCCAAAGAUUCAGGCUGAGCUAAAAGCCUACUCUGCUUCAGGGAUGAAAGAAUUUAUUCUGCAUAAUGUUGAAGAAGAUAUAGUUCAGAAGGACAUAUCUGUCUAUCUCCAAAAAGAGCUUCAGCACAUAUCUCCUACAGAAGAGCAACUGUGUAUACUCACAAAGUUAUCACAACAGCUGUUUAUUUAUGCAGCUACUGUGGUUAGAUUUGUG